CACGUGUGUGCUGAGUCAGUGGGCGCGCCAUCUCGGUUUCUCCUCAUUUCUUCCCAAGAGUUGCCUUGCCCUUUCCUUCCUUCUUCACUUCCAUCUUCCAUCCACCUCACGAAUCGCCGCGUUCAUCUCCAUCAGCGACCCGGCGCGACUGCUGCGAUUAUUCUCUCAGCCUCUUUGUCUGUUCCGACCAUAACACACGUUUCCAAUCAGGAAAGCGACCACGCGACCCCGCCCACGCCAAGCAUUCACGCUGCGCGCGACUUUGCGUUCCAACAGUGACCUGACAACACCAGGGUCGGAGCUACGUCUGGCUGUGACGCGUUGUGUCCUUUAAAUAAACUACCUGGAAGAAUUGAGAAGACAAGAAGUAAUACCUGAUUGGGCCGGGCAGCAGUGCCACUGUCCAGUCUCUUCCCCUGUGUAUUACUUUAGCCCUCUGAUGCCGUAGAACGAGAUCUGGGUGGCGUGCGCAAGACUUGAUCCCCGACGAAUUCUUUUCAUUCAUCGUCGCGCUGUAGAAAUUUUGAAAACCAAUCGUUAAAUCCAUUUGGCCCCUCAUCAUGGCUGAUGAACCGCGACGCUCCGGUCGCUCGACCAAAGGCCAGCACAAGAACCUCGAUCUGAUUCCCGAUACGCCGAAGAAAUCGAAGACCAAAGCUCAGGCAAAGGACAAACCGCCCAAACCCUCCGCCGAACCAACGCCGGCUCCCAGUGAAGAAGAGGAAGAAGAGAUCAUUCGAUGCAUAUGUGGGGAGUACGAAGAGGAGGAAGAUGUGGAGCGAGACAUGAUCUGCUGUGACCAGUGUUCAGCCUGGCAACACAACGAUUGCAUGGGUCUCACCUUCGCCAAAGGGGAGGAGCCCGACGAAUACUUCUGCGAGCAAUGCAAACCCGAAAACCACAAAGUCCUACUGGAAAAGAUCUCGCGCGGCGAGAAACCAUGGGAAGAGGUAGCGGAACGGAGGCGCAAGGAAGCCGAAGAGAAGAAGCAAUCGCGUCGCAGGAAGAGCAAGAAGGGCGGUAGACGAGGCAGACCGAGCGAGGCAAAGACUGAUACUAGCACGCCCGCUCGUGCUGCUACUUCCACGACGCCUGCUCCUGCCCCUUCUACCGCGACUCCUGCUCCCGCUCCACCACCUCCUGCUCCUGUUGCUGCUCCCGUUCCCGCCCCUGCUACUCCAACGCCGCCAGCUGUCACACCAGGUCCCGAGGAGAAUGGUGUCUCGCCGAAGGCGCAAACUGCAGGCUCACAAAAACGUAAACACGAAGAGAACGAUGAAGGACCGGCACACGGUUCGGGAUCGAAACCCAAGAAGCAACAAAAGAUUUCACCUCCGACAAAAACACCUCCGACUACGAACUCGGUUCCGGUUAAGGACGAGACCAAUGAACCAUCGUCACGCCGCAGCUCUGAAGUGGUGAAGGUGACGACUGAAGACAUGGGCACUGUGGAAGAGAUCUCGAACCCGUCGCGGAGGAGUGCAGCUUCCGCUCUACUCAGGCUGUUUACGGAUCAGAUCUCUGGGUCUCAGAAGCGAUCGUCUUUCAAGUUGCCCGCUGGGAAGUCGGCGGAGGAUGUCGCACGGCAACUCGCUCUCUCUAUCGAGAAUGCAAUGUACCAGAAUAUUUGCGGAGGAGCUGGAGAACCCACGGAGCCGUAUAGGUCACAAUUGCGGACGAUACUGUUUAACGUAAAGAAGAACACUUCUCUACGCGAUCGUCUGCUCGUAGGUAAUUUACAGGCUGAUGCUCUUUCUAAGAUGAGCUCCCAGGACAUGGCGAGCGAGGAACUGCAGCAAAGAGAUGCCGAGAUCAAGCGGGAGGCCGAACGACAGCACAUCAUCGUACAGGACCAAGGACCGCGCAUUAGACGGACCCAUAAGGGUGAGGAGCUUGUGGAGGACGAUAACCAGAACGUGGCCAGCGAGCCAGUCUUCUCCUCGGCGCCGGCUCGUCGCAGCCUGGCCGAUGUCGAUGGUAGUCCUGGCGCCCAGAGUCCAGCGAGUCCUGGCAACCAACAGCAAUCCGACGUGGACGGCGCUCGAAAACCGUCGGUUGAUACUAAGUCGAAUCACGAUGAGCACUUCCCCCCGAGGGGUCACUCCCCUGGUGGCACCAGCCAUGAGCAGGUCUUCCCCGAGAUGGCAACUCAUAUCCGCGAGCCGGUUCCCACUGGCAAGGUCCAGGCUGAUGCCGAAAUUGACCAGCUGCUGAAGGACGAUGAACCCGAUUCGCCGCCUUAUUCGCCCAAGGACUAUCAUGAUGAAGGCGCCAUCUGGCGCGGCAAGGUUAUCAUGAACCCGAUUGCGGAGUUCUCGUCAUCUGCAAAGCACGUUGGAGGUGCUGAUUUGAGUGGACGGAUUCCAUGGAGCCAACUCGUUCCUUCUACAUUGCUCAUCGACGGACGAAUCGAUGUCCAGCUGGCCAGCAACUAUCUCUGCGGUCUUCGGUUCAGUUCCUCCACCGACGUGUCCGUUAUCUCUAUAAGCGCUCCGGAACACCCGAAGGAACGAGCCGGAUUCGACAAGCUCUUCAAUUAUUUCCAAGAUCGCAAGAGAUACGGUGUGAUUGGCAAGCACCCUUUGCCUGCCGUUAAAGAUACCUACCUCAUCCCCAUUGAGGCUCAGUCUACCAAGAAGCCCGAGUUCAUCGAGCUGCUGGAGAACAACUCGCUUGAGGAUCCCACGCCGGAGCGUGUUCUCCUCGUUGUCUUUGCCGUCAAGACUGGCGAUUCCAAUCCGCCCUCCGUACAACCCCCUUCACACUACCCCAGCCAGGAGCCUGCGGCUUCGGCAAGUCCAUUGACCGUUGGCGCGCCGACACCUCAUCAAUCCCAGUUCCUCACUCCGGGGCCACGAGGUGCUUCUCACAUGCCCGCGACGCCGUCGCCUUUCGACGGCACUACGCAGGCGCCCAUACCGUAUGGCCAACAGCACCAGCAGUUCCAGUCCACGCCGCAAUACUCAUAUCAACCGCCCGCUCCUCAGACUGCAGCUCCUGUUACUGGCAUCGCAGCUGCCGUGCAAGUCUUGGGCGCCCAGGCUAGCUCACCUGCAAUCCAACAGCUGUUACAGAAAGCGCCCAGUGUGGACGUGUCUCAGCUGAGUGUCGUUCGGGAUAUUCUCUUACGACGACCGGACACUGCUGCGAACUAUGACCUGUUGACGCAGGAACUCUUCCAAGCCACCACUAACGGAAAUGGUGUGCAACAAUAAAUGGACGAAUAAUUCUCUGGUUGUAUAGUAAUCAUUAGCCUGUUCCUCAUCCUCAAGACGUUUCGGCUUGGUGUUUUCUGCGAUUCUACAGUUUGUCUUUUGACAGGGUUUCAUAUCAAAAUGGGUAUUGGGGUGAUUAUGGGAAUAUCUUUUCGUCGUCGCCAGGGCGUUGCAGCUUUCUGUUCUAUUGUUUCUCGGUGUAGUGGUUGUUUCUUUCGAUCCCCAGUCCAAAUUUGUUGUCUUCUGCGCGCAGUCAUUUACAUACUUAUUUAUGCCGAUAUUUCGCUACGCAUUGAUUCCAAUUUUUACAUGCUCUUUGACUUGGUUUCGCAAAAGCAAAAGUCGUAGAUAUCCAACGGUUGCUCCAAUGGCUCCAUACUCAGAGCCCACGAUAUCUAUAAACUCGCCUUACGUAGAUCAAUUCAAGCUUUACAAAAUAGUAUUUGUUUUAUUGUCACAUACUGCAGUUUCAUUAAAUUCCAGGCAUGAUGAAGAGAACAACGCCUACGCUAUGCAUAUCCAGACACGACACGGAGGAACCACGGCCAAAGAGCUACAUUACCACCGUCCACCACGCUUCUUGUAUCCUCCACCGCCACCAUAUCGGGGUCCUCUUCCACCACCAGAACGUCCACCCCAACCGCCGUCGUCCUCAUCGUGGUGGCGAACCGGGGGCGGUCGUCCCUUGAGCUCCUCGCUGAGCUUUUUGAACCCCUUGCGCAUAUCCGAGUAGCCCAUGUGCAUCUUGCCGAAGAAAUGAUCCGCUAACCGACGGUCGUUAUCGAGUCGACUGAGGUACGCGCCGCAGACAUCGCAGACCUGCAGUUUCUGAUGGCCCGACGGGCCGGACGUAUCCUGGAGGUUUUUGAGUUCUCGCUCGCAGGUCUCCUUCUGGUGCUUGGUGGUGCGGAUCUUGUGGAGUUCGUUGAGCGCCUGCGCGACGGAGCCCGUUUCGCCCAGGACAGAGACUUCCAGCAACCCGGUGUUUAUCGUCUUCGCGAGGUCGGAUAUUUGUUUGAGCUACCACAUAAUUUGUCAACACCUUUUCUCUCUCUCCCUUGUCGAGUUGAUCCUCUACGCUAGCAAGUCACUCACCAGAUUAUUAGUCUGUCGAAUUUCAUCCGGCGUCUUCUCCAAUCGGCGCUGCGCCGAGUCGAUCCUCCGAUCACAGUCGUCGAUGUAUUUCUGCAUAUCGCGCAUGUAGUCAUAGUCGAACCCCCAUUUCGCCUUCUCCGCCGCCGAGGCCGUCUCAUACUCGGUCUUCAAUCCUUCGCUGUGCACUUUCGGGCACGGGCCCAGGUCUUGCUUGGUGUUGGUGAAGAGAUCAUGCGGACAGGUCCCCACGAGGUACGAGCGACAGACUUUCGAGUCCGUGAUGGAGAGCUGGGCAUUGCGCGAGGCCGCGCCGGUUCCUAUCAGCUGGUCCGCUGGGUAGAGAGAAGGGGUUCAGGUUAGCUUGUGAUUCGGUGCGCGCGGUGUUCAGGAAUCAACGUAC